CCAACUACAAUACCCAGCGUGCCCCUCGUUCACUGCACCAAAAUGUCGCGCGCUCCACCUGGCGGAGACGUUGGUUUUGGCGCUCAAGCAUCUUCAGUUGGUAGCAGCGGCCAGCGGUGCUUCUCGGCGUCAGGGAACAGAACAAGUAGCGAGAGUCGUGAACUGAGAAGAUCAUGUUGAAAGGGGGCACCGUCAAGGCGGCACUGUCCAGAAUGGGUGCUCCAGAGCGUGCAAAACUGUCUACAAAUAGCUCUCAAGGCUCUUACUCCAGCAACAUCGGGAUGAAGACCUCGAGAUCAUCCAGCACCAUCGCCUCUGAUCUGCGACUUAGCAAGAUAAAAAGGGCGAGCAGUGAUGAUGCUCUGGCUAAACCUGUUCUGGGUUCAGUGGCUGCAGUGUCCCGCAUGAAGAAGACCAUCACCACAGGAGCCAUCUCUGAGCUUACAGACAACAGACCACGCAGCACUUCAAGUGUCCAGUCAACCAAAAAGUCAGGGAUCCCAGCUCCUCGUGAGAUCCCGCAUAGCAUCUCCAGAGAACGUGUCUCAUUGCGUGACCAACAGAAAAGCUCUACAGCCAAAAAGAUGGUCACCAGUGCCAGCACCUCCAGCCUGUCCACGCUGACCAAGCAUUCUCGUGGCUCUGUCAAGACCAAAGCAGAGUCUGUUGUUUUGGACAAGACUCUGCUGGAGAGUCAGGUGAGGGAGCUCCUGGCUGAGGCCAAAACCAAAGAGUUUGAGAUCAGUAAGUUACGGAUGGAGCUCCAACGACACAAAGGGAAGGAUUCAUUAUCAGAGGCUUGUACACCAGAGGGGAGUUCAGAGAUAGAAAAGACACCGACACAGCCUGACGAUAUCCAGGUGCUCGUAGGGGAACUGAGGGAGAAGAAUGGACGUUUCCAGCGUGAGUUGGCCACUUUGCGGGAAGAGAAUCAGGCUUUGAAGCAGAAGCUUAUUACAUUAGAGAGCACUACAACACUGCUCACCAGCUCCAGCAAGCAUUCAGUUAAUGGGGUUUUACCAGAUAAUACCACUUUAGAUGCCGUAAACGGAAGCCACCUUAAAACUUCUGUGUCAUCUGGUAGUGAAGGCUCUCCUUUACCCUCCUCAGACUCCUCAGAGUUUGAGAAGAUUCCCUCACUUUCAGACUCAGUCACUGGCAGCAUUAAGAGUGUUGUGCCCAGUGGUGUGGUGAAAGAGCUCUCAGUGCAGUCCCUGACAGACCGCAUCCAGAAGAUGGAAGAGAGUCAUCACAGUACGGCCGAAGAACUACAGGCCACUCUACAGGAGCUGGCCGACCAGCAACAGGUUGUCCAGGAGCUAACAGCUGAAAAUGAGCGUCUCGCGGAGGAGAAGGGCCUCUUACAGACUUCCCUACAGCAGCAAAGGGAGCGUGUAGAACUAUUGGCACAACAGAAUGAGUCCCUUCUCCAGAGGCUCAGAGAACAACCUCAAAGUCAAGAAGCUGAGGCUUCACGUGCCUCUCGGGUUGCAGAGCUUGAACAGCGUUUGGCUGAGCAUGUGGAGAGCUCCCGCUUCGAAAGAGAGAAGCUGGUUGACAUCCAGCAGCAGCUUACAGGGAGUCUUAGAGCUCUGGAAAAGGAGAAUCAGGAGGCACAAAUUGCUGUGAAGAGCUUAAAUGAAGAAUUAGAGCUUCUUCAAGGGCAUCUGGAUAGCGAGAAGGUUGCUAGAGAUGAGGCGGUGAGGAAAACUGAGGAACAGCGGCUAUCCUCUGAGGCUUUGAGAGUGGAGAAUAUCAGUCUGAAGACGCAGGUUGAGGUGGAGAGGCAGAAGGUAGCUGAGUUGAAGGCAGUGCAGAGCGCCAGUGACAACACAGAGUUGCAAAGUCUGCUCAAAGCAGCGCAUGAAGAUAGAGACAAGCUGAAGCUGAGCUGCACGGAGCUACGACAAGAGCUGCAGCAGGUGCGUAGUACAACGGAAUGUGCUCAGGACGCGCUAGACAAGGUGGAGGCAGACCGGCAGCAGCUGUUGGAAAAGGUGGAGAAACAGGAACAAGAUCAUAAAGCCAACAUGCUCGCUCUAGAGGAGAAGAGCAAAGAUGCUGAGAACCAGAUCAAAGACCUGAAAGAGACCAUCUUUGAGCUUGAGGACCAGGUGGAGCAACAACGGGCAGUUAGACUGCACAUCAAUCAGAACAUCCUGGACCUUGAGAAUCAAAUCAAGAGGCUGGAAGAAAACAAGGCUGAGCUGGAGAAGCACAUUAAGGCCAUGAAUAAACAGAUGAAGGAUGAGACAGAGGAGUGGCGCCGUUUCCAGGCUGACCUCCAGACAGCAGUAGUAGUCGCCAAUGACAUAAAGGUGGAAGCUCAGCAGGAGCUGCGCACACUGCGCAGACGUCUGCAGGAGGAGCAGGAGCACAGCGCAAAACUGGCUUCAGAGUUGGAGCAGAUCCAGGGCACCAGGUCAUGGAAUGAAGAUGUUAGUCUCUCUGACUCAGAUGGCAGUCUUCACUGGUGCCAAAUGACCAUGUCCCAGAAUGCACCCGUCAGUUUCCUAACCGAUGGCAGUGGGAGUGGAAGCAGCACGUCCUCAGAACCAGGAGCCACGGUCAAAUCUCUCAUCAAGUCAUUUGACACAGCUGUGCCGAAUGGACCCAGCAGCUCAGUACAGAUACAUACAUCUCCCAGAAGCCCCCUAAGUGGCAUACCAGUCCGUACAGCCCCUGCUGCUGCUGUCUCACCAAUUCAGAGGCACUCUGGAAUCAAGCAACUGUCAAAGACCCUUGAGAGAAGAAUCGCCUUUGGAGAUUUCCCCCACAAUGGGUCGUGUGAUGAACUGAAGCCCUCAUCUCUUAUGAGGAAAAGUCCAUCCCUCGAGUCAGUAAUUAAAACUCCAGCUCACUUCAACGCCCGUACCUCCUCAUUUUCUUACAACAGAGCCAACAGCAAACUAAAUGUGGAAAGAACAGACCCUCUGUCUGCUCUGGCGCGGGAGUAUGGUGGAUCUAAGAGGAACGCUCUACUGAAGUGGUGCCAGAAGAAAACAGAGGGCUAUCCGAAUAUAGAUGUGACAAACUUCAGUAGCAGCUGGAGUGAUGGCCUGGUGUUCUGUGCUCUUUUACACACAUAUCUGCCUGCACACAUCCCUUACCAGGAGCUCAUCAGCCAAGACAAGGGGCGAAAUCUCACUCUGGCUUUCCAAGCAGCCGAAAGCAUUGGUAUCAAGCCCUCUCUGGACAUUGAUGAGUUGAUGCACACAGACAGACCAGACUGGCAAAGUGUAAUGCAGUAUGUGUCUCAGAUCUAUAAGUACUUUGAGACUUAAUGUUUGACUGGAAGACAUGAAGAGGAAGAAGAAGAUGGGGCACAGAAGCACUUUUUUUUCCUGGUCCAGUUCUUCCUUCACAGCCAGUGUUUCUAAAUACACAGACAGACAUACAGUUCUGAAGUGUUCACACCAGUCAGGUUCUCGCUCUAAAUGCAACCAGCAUAUCAUAUAAGUCCAAUAGUCAUUCAUGUCUCAUAUGGACUUUACUCAGUUUUUGAAGUUUGAAGUUGCUUGCUGAGUGUAGGUUUGCAGUCUUGCACUGAAACUGGUAUACAGUUUUUUAAUAUGCAAAUUUUUGCUAAGAGUUCAAGUGCAUCUUUAUAAAGAAAGUAUUAUUACCCAAAUCUAUAUAUUAGCAUACUUAUAUAUUGAUAUACUUAUUUUUAAAAUUUUAGUUUUCCCACAAAUAAUUUUAAAGACUUGUAAUAUGAAAUUAAGUUUCAUGUUUUGUUGAAAAGUUGUAGUUUGUCACUCAGAGAGACAAAUACAUUGAAACCUUUAAAUGUCCCAACAAUUAUUUAACAGACUUAUGUGCAUUUACAUAUUCCUCAUUAACAAAUGUUAAGAUUAUUUCUCUAUUACUCUAGUUAAUUAUUACCUGAAAACAUGUCAGAAAGUCAUUAUCUGGUUGAAUACUAUAAGACUGUUUCAAACAACCAUUAUUGAUUGUUUAAUGCUUUUGUGCCUGUUUAAAUUACAUAGGAUGUGUUUAAUGAAAGGAUUUAAACAAUGUUUUAAAAAAGUAUCAAUAUUGGAAAAAUACUCUCACAGAAAUGUGUUUAGGCUAGUUAGCAGUGUCAUUUGUGCCAAAUUCUAACAAAUGUUGAGUUUCACACUUUUUUUAAUUUAAGCGCAUAGACAAUUGAUAACCAAAUUAAAAUACAUACAAAAUCUGUGUUUUAUAACAUUUUCUUUUUGGAAAUGCUAUUUAUUGACUUCUUUACUUUUAAAUAUUUCAAUUGCAAAGUUUUCAAUUUGAAACUUUUCAGUUUUGCCUCAUGACAGUAGAUGUUUAAUUGAUGGUAAUAAAGUCUUUUGUCAUCAUAUA